AUGCUCUCCGGGCCUCAGACGUUGAGGGGAAGCGGAAGUUCCGGCCCCUCAACCCUGAGCGAGCUCAGGGCCUCCGUACACCCGGCGCCUCGUCAAAUCGCCCGCCCAGGGCUAGUCUUGCCGUAUCGUAAGGGGACAGCCAGCAACACGCCGCGAGCCAAGAAGAGGGGGCCGCCUGCUUCCCCCGGGGCACCCUACCUCCGAACCUCGCCGAGGAAGGUGGCAGCAUCUCCCAACGGGCACGAGCGACGCCUGGACCAGGGGCCGCCUGUCUCCCCCGGGGCACCCGACCGCCGGACCUCGCCAAGGAAGGCGACAGCAGUUUCCGACGGUCACGAGCGGCGCCUGGACCCCGGGAUCUCACUCCGCCCGUGGCGCCUGAUUGCACUGCAGCUGCCGGACCGGGAGCGACCGCCAACGGAUCCACGGCCACGACCGACCGUCGAUCGGGCCACUCAGACGGAGGACGUCGUCGGUCCGCCGAGCCCUCCGCUAAGGACGCCGACACGGCCGCGAACUCCCGGACGCCCAGGGAGUCCUGUCAUCCGACUCCCGCACACGCCGGCGAGGCCGCGAACUCCCGGACGCCCAGGGAGUCCUGUCAUCCGAUUCCCUCGCUCGCCCGGUCACUCACCGUCCGCACCGGCUCCGGCGGCUAAACGCAGCCGGCCCUCGGAGUCCUCCGGGCGGUUUGAGGAGGUGCUGCGUCGCAUCACGCAGGCGUCCCCGGACCGUACGAGACUGCGCUCGGUCGUGAGCAUUCCGCUCCAGCCGAUUCCUUGCUUCCGCCGCCGACCCUUCGUCCAGGACCGGACGAAGGCCCUGUUCGAGCUUUUGGGGAAGGAGAACAGGCGGCGCUAA